AUGAGGGGCAGGAAGGAAUGGAAUAAUGAAAUUGUGUCAGCCAGUCCAGGCAAGACAGAACACACUUACUUGCCAGAUAAGAGAAGGCAAUAUCUCGGAACCCUGACAAGUUCAGAUCUUGAAGCUGGGAUCACGACCAAGGAAGAGAUUUUAACACGACUGUCAGUCUUAUUGGGCAGCCAGUAUGAACGAAUCGUCCAGUUUGCAGAGUCCAUACCAGGCUUUGGGGAUUUUAGUAAAGAGGACCAGAGGAUUUUAUUGCAAAUUGGUGGUCUAGAGGUUAUUCUAUUACAGUUGUCACAGAUCUAUGACCACAAGUCAAAGUUACUUAGAGUGUGGGAGGGGAUGUGGCUAUCACCUGAGCAAGCCAGAAAACUUACAAGUGACUUCAAUCUGGCCGUGUUCUUUGAGCUUCUGUUCAGCCUGGCAGAGAGCCUUCACGGAAUGCACCUGAGAGAGGAAGACAUCGCUGUCUUCUCCGCGCUCCUCCUACUCGCCUCAGAUUUACAAGGACUGAAACAGAAGAUGCAGGUGGAAGCCCUACAAGACAAAGUACUGAGCGGCUUUGCCUACAUGCUUUCGCAGAACCACCGCUGUAAGCCCAAUCUCCUACCCCAGGUACUCAUGUGUAUGCCUACACUACGGACCAUCAGCACCAGUUACCUGGAGCUUACAGCAGUACCACGCCACACCAUGGUGGCACCACCACCACCGGACUCCACAGCCAUGGCCAUGAGGCUGUUCUGAAGUUGAGCCAAAGGUGGCAUAACUAGAUAAGUAGAUAGUAUGUGUGUUGAUCGGAUGAGCCUUCAAAGACUGCAAAGACAUUGUGCAACAUCCUCUCUGGGGGUUCAUCUGUGGAGACUUCUCUUUGGAGAAUUCUCUUUGGAGACUUCUUUAUGGGAUUGCAGCUCUGGAGGGGCACCUGUGUAAGACAAUAUUAUCAGGUAUCAAGAUUGUUCACAGAAGAUGGUGUUUGGGGUUCACCUUGAAGCAGUGGUGACCAAGAUAUCCUGCAUGUUGGUGUAUUGAGGUGAAUCGACGAGCCAAAGGGAAAAGGACGUUCAGCAGAGCUGGCCAUGUUUCUGGGAGAAUCUUCAAGGCAAAGGAAGAAGGAUGUACUCCAGAGUUGGGCAUAUUUCUAGGAGUUUGUGAUGAAUCCCAAGACUGAUUUUGGGAGUUCUGCAGGGAAGCAUUUGUUGCCCAGACUCAGAGAAACAUCUUUUUCUGUAAAGGAACCUUGGGUUUCCUGAAAGGCACCUUGGUGAAGCUAGCAACCAUGGGGAACAUAGAAAAUUGAAAUAUUCUUUCAUCAUCAAGCUAAUGAGGAAAUUGCAGCACCUUAAGAUCUGGGUGGAUAUCAGCUGGUCUGCAUCCAAUUAACAAACCCUGAGAAUAUUUAUGACAUGACUAUUUGGGGUCAAAAAGGAGACUUUCCUAGAAGUUCUCUCAAUAUUUCAGAUUUCAGGACAAUCACCGCUGCAAUUGGUAACGAGAGUUGUAUUCAAGAAACGCAGUAAUAGUUGGAUAUUUCAUAGAGCAAACUUUUGCAGAAUGUUCUCAUAACCAGACCUAAAGAGCGGGGUAAAAAAAAGGGCAAAUCUCCUACAGAUGAUAUAUAUGUCAUCUCUUUACAGUGACAGUUGAAGGUUUUGAGUCUGCAAAGUAGUACCGAUUCAAACAAAUCCCAGGUCAUGCUGUCGUCAGCACUGGGCUUCAUUUCUUCACAAUGGACAAGGCGAUUUUUCAGGUUGAAUGUCUGAUUUUUUUAUGCAUAGAUGUGUGAUUUUGAGCCCGAGAGGGCUUUGUAAGCAAUAGAAAACAGAGGGAAUUCAGGCCAUUCUGAAUGUGUGUUGAUGUAACCCUGUGCCGUUAUGGCACCGAUAUGUCAGUGAAAAAUGUUAGAAGAAGGAAGUAUCUCUUGUAAUAUUGUUUGAUUUGAAGACAAGUGCAAGCACUGUUUUUGUUAGCACAGCACGAAAUGCAAAGAAAGGGUUCAAACAGGGUAUGUAGGUCCUUUUAACUUAGGGAGAGCAAAAAAUUAUGUUCUAAAAGCCAUAAAUGAACUGUAAAAAAACAUGAAAACACUUGCUUAUCAUGAAUCCAUUCCAUUCUGACACAGGUAAGAAAUAUUCAGUUUGUUGUUGAAAAUAAAUUAAACUUUCAAAAUUUUUUAACAUUGAAACUCUUAAGCCCUUGAGAUAACACUGUCCUUGUUUUAUUUUUUUUAGAUAUGCACCUAAAAUUCUAUGGUUAUCUUUAUUGUAAGUGGAGGUAUCAAAUAAAUGAAAGUUUGAAUGUUCAUGAUCACUUUUGGCAGCCUGAACAACUGUAAGGAUCUUAUCACAAAGCAUUAUCUUGGAACGUAUAAUUGUCUUUGAUAGAUGACUAAUAUAUAAUGAGUAUCCAUUUGAGAUAGGUGGGCGUGGCAUGGAUCUCCAUUUAAAUCAAUGGCAAGUGUUAUUUUUAACUUUGCAAUCAAUAUAUCAAUGUUAACAACAGGAAAUCUAUUAAACUUUACAUCGCAUGAAGCAGACAAAUUUGCAAUUGAUUACAGAUAAACAAUUACUUUGAGGACCGUUUGGCUUGGAAUUGUUGGUUGGUUUUUUUUUGCAGCUCCUUUUUUCCCCCUAAUCUGUGUUUAAAUAGCUCUUGGCUCCUGAUUGUUCCACGCAUAAAGAGAAAUAGAAAUGAUAUGACAAGAGAAGCACAAUUUACAAAGGUACCAAAAAUAAUGUUACUAUGUAUUGUUUUAUAUCAUUUACUGUACUGUGAAAAGUUUUAUCAGUGGCCAAGUUGUAUAAUAUUUAAGACAGCAGUGUAAAUAGUGAAUAACAUAUAAAAAAGAAAUGACAUCUACGAAUUGAAAUUCUGAAGGGAAUGGCAUUUGACUAUGUAUUGAUGAAAACAGACGGCCUUUUUUCGCAGAAUGCGCCUGUGACGAAAGCUCUCAAAAUCUGGUCUCAUUGUGUAGAUUUUUAUUCCAUUUUCUUUGAUGGAAGUUGGAAUAGAUUGUAGUAUCAAUGAUUGUUUUUUUUUAUGUUUUGUGACAUUUUUUUUUUCAGCUUCCUCUUGAGAAACACCCAUGCUUUGUACCUUGCUUCCCAUUUGGCUGCAAAACCAAGCUCUUACAUUUUUGGAAUCAAUAUUAAACAUAGGAAUGUAUUGUUUAAUGAUUUUCGAUCAUAAACAUCAACAUGACAUCAUGAAAAUGAAAAAGGAAAAUGAUAACCAUAUUUUAUUGUUUGAAAAUAAGAGAUCUGAAAUAAAAAAUCUCCAAACAUUCAUUUUGCCCAAUUGAUUGUUGGCCUGGUAGCCACUGCGCAGCGCCAGAUCGACGUAGCUCUAUAGUAGCAACUCCCAUCUUUGAUGCCUUUUUUUCUGACGAUCUCCCAGUUGUGAGGCGGACGCUCUACCAAAUGAGCCUACACUUCCUAUUCUUUAUUUGUCUUGAAAUGUACAAACUGAAAUAUAUAGCUGAAAGAUUGAAAAAAAAUUCAUGUAAUUUUGGAAAAGAAUGUUUCAAAUCAAUUUAUCGCUAAAUCCUUCAGAAGUAUUAAUCGAUAAAGUUAAUUUGAGCUAUUACUUAAAAUGAUGUCUUUUAUAAAAGAUUCAGUCAUUCGCCUUUAAUUGGUAUUCAAAGAGGGGAGACCGAAGAAAUAAAAAAGGAGCCAAACUAGAAAAUAAUGCUUAUCUUCAUUUUUCAAUUUGUUAUAUUUAUUAAUUGGUUUUCCCAUAUCUAUCAAAAUAAUAACCGUCUUUUUGAUAAACCAGAAUUAUAUUUAUUGACAGACCUGUCAAGGCUUAAAUACUAAAGGAUGCUCUUAAGAAGCAGAAAAUAUACCACUUUCAUCGUCGGCUAAACCUAAUUAUUCCUCAUACAACAUGUAUGAGAUGAUUACUUUUCAUGUAGUGAAUUUUUAGCUUUUGGAAGCAGCGCUAGAAGAGUAUGCACGAGCAAUCAAUUAAAUUUCUCACUUGCAUUUUAUGGAUGUUGGCAAACGUGAGUGAUAUGUUGUCAAAAAUGUAAUUUUAGGAGGAUUUUUCAGAUCGCUACCUGCCUGUAAUGGUUGAAAACUAGACUCAGGAUAAAUUUUCUUUUUGUAACUUGUUGACUAUCUAGAUGAUGGAUGUUUUUAUUGAUUCUUUUGAUGUUCAACUCUCAGUCUACACAGUACGCAAUGAGCCUGUCGUUAUUUCAUUACUGGACUUUUUAUUAUUGUUAGUACAUACCGUCAAGAGGGUUUGUUUGAUCUUCAAUCGUAUCUGAGAGGAAAGAAACGCAGUGUCUAUUUUUUUAUACAUCGAGUCUACCUACCUUAAGCCGAAUCUGUUUUUUCAUGUAUCUUCAUAACAAAAAACAACACACGUCUUCAUUCAUUCUUCAAUUUUUUUUUUCUACAACAGAGGCUGCAAUCUUGAAUGCUGCAUUGUAAAAAGUGACUGAGGAUUUGUUAUUUUGAAUAAUGUGUGAGAGAGAAAGUAAAUAUUGUUAUUGUUCAGAUAUGAGAUGAAAGACAUAGUUACUCUAGCUCUAUCUCUCUUUUUUCCUUAUUUUUUUAAUGUUUAUUUUCCUUUCUCUAUGACUUUUCUAUACCAGUGCAAAACUAAACAAGGCUGAUUUUUUUUUAAUAACUUGUUUCUACAGAUGAAUUUCAUAGUUUCCAUUUCAUUAAAUGUCAGGGUAUUUCCACAUAUCUGUGUAUGAUAUUUUUUCGCACUGUUGUAGUAGCACCAUUGAUAAAUUCUAAGGAUAAUAUAAUAUUAUAUUGUGUUUUGAUAAUUGACAAUGUUUACUAAAAUUAAGAGACCAACAAAUUGCACAAAUUUGUCUUGUGAAAUUGUCCCUCAUAACCCCCUCUUCUGAUUACACAAAAAAAGGGACCAACAUACAGUGGUAAAUAUCAUUUAAAGCAUUAACAUUUCAAAACACUUUAAAGGAGUUGUUGAUAUCCAUGGUACGAUGAUUAUUAAUUUCCCAAGAAGUUCAGGACUAUUAAAAUAAAUUCAUGUUUCCAUGGUGAUGUCGUCGUAUCGGUGCAAGGACGCCCUUAACACCACUAUUUCGAAAAUCACAUGCACAUAAAAAUGCCCUUAGCAGUGCGCCUAAGUGCAUUGCGUAAGGGCGUUUCUGCACCAACGUUGUGCGCAAAAAUGUUUUGCCAAGGGCGCUCUUGCACCGACACAACAAUUUUUAAACUAUUCAUAACCCUUCAACGGAUGGAUUGCCAAGUGAUAUAUCCAACUACCAGCUAUAAUUACCAACCAAUUGUGACCCAAUUCUCUUUUUAUUUGUUAAUAUAUUAAAUUAUUAUGUCUUAUAAUAAGGGUUAUUUUGUAAUUGGGAAUGUAUUUUUAUUGGAGCUGCCUGUGCUCCUUAAGAGUGCUGAUGGUAGUAGCUAGUGGUCAUUGAGGUUGUUGGUUGCUUGAUGCCUGCGAAGCACGUUCGCCACAUGGUUCAAAUUUCACUGUGGAGCCAGGAAAGGAUAUGAAUCAGGAACUAUAGACUUUCUUUGUGGCACGGCCAGCUCAUAUGGUCGGUUCCUGGAACGGAUUCAUCCGUAAGACAGUAGACCUGAUGCCUGUUAACAAUCAUCCAUUAUCCCCUCCCAUUCUCACACCCCGACUUCCUCGUAUCCACGAAAGCUUUGGAGAAACAUUAACAUAAGCCACAUGACCUACGCUCGACAUGGGGAGAAACAAUCCUUGUAGAUCUGCAAUGAAAAACUACGAAGUAAAAAAAAAAUAUAUAAACUGGAAAUGCUGUUCAGGAUCCAGUUCUUCGAUCCCCAUUAAUUCACUACAAAGAUCGCCCACUUCCAGUCAUCAUGAAUGUUGUUACACGCUCUCAAGAGUUCCAGUCCACUUUUCAAAUCCUGGACGCAUGUUGCUUAAACAUCUCUUUGCCUAGGUUUCACCAAGCUAGGUACUCGGCCAACGUGAAGCAAGCCACAACCGCUUCUUUGCUGACAUCGUUGGUGGCAGCUCCCAUAUAUCAAGCCUCACAAUAGUGGUUGAAAUGAUACGCAUUUUUCCAACCAAGGUAGCUAAAAGUAAGGGAUCAAUCCUUGAAAAUGUUGGAAUAAAGUGGGACAGAGAAUUAAUUUAAUCUAAGCAAACAAAUACAAAUUAAAAUGAAGCAUCUUCACCGUGGUUUGAACUUCCUGUUUUGUUUUCCUCUGCCAGCAACCGCACUGUAAUGCUUUGGGCAUUCACUUCUCAUCCAGUUUCAUAUUUUU